AUGAGCGAACCUAGCAACAACGAUACUCAACAACUCGACGAGGUUUCACUCUUGUCCGACACCUCCAUUGCUAUCAUUUGCGUCUGUGUCGCGAUCGGUAUUGGUUUAAUUAUCGGCACAAUAUUCCUCAUACGACGACGACGAGAACGUAACAACCAUGGCUUUGUCACGUUUGAUGAUGAAAGCAAGCCUGUAGAGCCAUUGCCACCACCUGAAACACACGACCUUGUGUUUUCAUCCAUUCUCGCACAUACACCACGACCUCCACCGGGUGUGUCAAGCAACAAUUCAUCCCGUAUCGAUGGCAACAAUAGCAUCAGCAACAUGAGAGAUAGCAUGUUGUUGCAGGAUGGAUAUUCUUAUUCAAAAUUGUAUCUCAACAACAACAGCAGGAAUAAUAAUCAACAACAUGAUCAGGAAGUUGAUGACCCAAAGCUAUUGUUGUCGCUGGCACGACAACGCGAGAGUUGGGCUGGGUAUUAUUCUCGUCCGAAUACGCCACAACCAACCGCAGGCGGUGACAGAAUGUCUUCGGGUUCCUCUUACCAAGUUUGGUGA